AUGAGUGAAAUUUUAAACGUCUUCAAUACAGCGAUAUUUGAUGAUAGUUUGUCAAGCGAAGAAUAUCAUACCUACCUUCCACGCUUUAAUUCAAGCGAUGAAGUUAGAAUUCCUAUAAGUCACCAAGACAUAUAUACAUAUCCCCACGACAGCUAUAUUUAUAUUCAAGGAAAUAUAGAAGAGCUAGAUGGAACCGGUCAAGUACAAUUAAUCAAUAAUGCCUACUUAUUUUUAUUUGAUGAAAUACGAUAUGAAAUAAAUGGCGUUGAAAUAGAUAGAUGCAUAAAGCCUGGAGUUACAUCAACGAUAAAAGGAUACAUUUCCUAUACCGAUAACGAAAGUAAAAGUCUGCAAUCGGCGGGCUGGAUUCCGAAACCUUUAACGAAACAACCUACAUUUCUUACACCGAAUUUUACCGCAUGCAUACCAUUAAGCUUUAUUUUGGGUUUCGGUGAGGAUUAUAAAAAAAUUAUCAUUAACGCUCGACAGGAAUUGGUGUUGUUAAGAUCGCGAAGCGAUGAUAAUUGCUAUAAAAAUGAUGUAAAAGAUGGUACAAAAAAAAUGAAAAUCACUAUCACCAACAUUGAUUGGAGAAUUCGACACAUAACUGUAAACGAUAAAUAUCGUUUGCAAUUAUUAAAUGUUCUCAAUAAGGACUCUCCUAUAUUGAUUCCAUUCAGAAAAUGGGAAUUAUUUGAAUUACCUUCUCUACGCGAAACGAAAAAGGAUAUAUGGUCCGUAAAAUCGAGUACUAGUUUGGAAAGACCGCGAUACGUCAUAAUAGCGUUUCAAACAAAACAUGAUGCUAAAUUCGAUGCAUCCGAUUUUCAACAUGCAAACAUCAAUAAUAUUAAAUUACAUUUAAAUUCAUCUCAAUAUCCAUACGAUAAUUUAAAUCUAUCCAUGAUACAAAAACGUUAUGGUAACGUUUAUAAUAUGUAUACAAACUUCAGAAAAAGUUAUUAUGGCUCGAAUAAAAUUGUUGGAGAACCGCUAAUAGACUUUGAUCUCUUUCACGAUUUACCACUUUUCGUUAUCGAUUGCUCAAAACAAUUAGAAAGCGUAAAAUCAUCUUCAGUUGAUAUAAAGUUAGAGUUUGAAGCGGAUCUACCUUUUAGUAAAAAUACUUCCGUAUUCUGCCUCAUUAUUCACGAUACCAUCGUACAAUAUAGACCAUUAACAGGUUUAGUGCAAAAGAACAAAUUUAAUAGAAUGCCGCUUGAUGAAUAA